GGUCUCGACCGCGAAAGGCGCACCGUCCGUCCGUAGUAGUGGCCCUUUUGCACCCGUCCAGCUAAGCAUCUCCCGUCUGUUUCCCUCGUCCUCUUCCUCCUUCGAUCUCCGCAGCAAAGAAAAGGGAAAUCCCGUGUUAAUCAAUUUACAGGUCGGUCUCUAUCUGCUCCUAUCCUCCUGCGCUUCCGAUCGCCGCGAACAAUUCCUUCCAAAUCUAUUUGAUUACAUUGAUUUUUCUCUAUGGAAUUCUGAAGUCUGAGGCGAGUCGGUUUUAGAUUGUGCCUGGGGGCUUGAUUAGAUCGUUUCGAGAUGGCGGCGUGCCGGGGAUUCUUCGAGUGCCUGCUUAGGCUGCUCAACUUUUUCCUCACCGUCGCCGGCCUUGCCAUGGUCGGCUAUGGGAUCUACCUGCUCGCGGAGUGGAUGAGGAUCUCCGGUGGUGGCGGAGGGGCACCGCCGUCUCCGGCCCCGCCGGCUGAGUUACUUAUGUUCGGCCGCCCGAUGCUGACGGUCGUGGCCCUUGGAGAGGGCGGCAGUUUCUUCGACAAGCUACCCGAAGCAUGGUUCAUCUAUUUGUUCAUUGGUGUUGGUGCUGUUAUCUUCAUCGUUUCUCUGUUUGGCUGCAUUGGAGCAGGGACAAGGAAUACAUGUUGCUUGUGUUGUUAUUCUUUCUUGGUCAUAUUAUUAAUCCUUGCUGAGGCUGGAGGUGCUGCAUUCAUAUUCUUUGACCAUAGUUGGAAAGACGUAAUUCCAGUGGAUAAGACACAAAACUUUGAUGCCAUGUAUGACUUUCUGAAAGAAAACUGGAAGAUUGCAAGAUGGGUUGCACUUGGUGUUGUAAUUUUUCAGGUAUUACUUUUCUUGUUAGCUCUUGUUGUCAGGGCAAUGAACAAACCUGCUGAGUAUGACAGUGAUGAUGAAAUCAUUGGAACUGCUCGAAGCACUAGCAUCCGUCAGCCUCUGAUCCAUUCCCAGAAUGCUCCGGCUACUGGUGUUCCCGUCCCAACACUUGAUCAACGUGCGAGCAGAAAUGAUGCGUGGAGCCAAAGGAUGCGAGAGAAGUAUGGUCUGGACACCAGCCAAUUUACUUACAACCCAUCAGAUGCAACCCGAUAUCAGCAAAAUGGGGCACCUCCAGCUGAAGAAAGGAGCCGCUGCACCGUAAUGUGAAGAUCCUUCAGGACGUUAUCCAAAUUGAUGGUUCUUGAACAGGCCAUCUCAGCUUGCACAGUUUGGAUAUACCGUGUUGUUCAGAGUGGUGUACGGAAUAGAGAUCUCUUUACCUUAAUGUUCAUCUUACCUGCUGUCUUUUGAACAAUUCCAUGCACCUGUAAUUUUCUUGUGAACGAGUAUUGGCAAUCAAUAUCUCAUUAUAUUUCAUGUUUUCCUGAGAUUCGUUUUGUUGGCAUUCCGUUUUGCCUUGUUUACUCUUUCAACUUGUAUUAUGAACUACAGUGAAUGGUAAAUCUUGUCUCGCCGGAGUAAAUGGUGAAUUUUGUCU